UGAAUUGCGCUCUCCGGCGGUCGGGCUGUGGUUCACGGCGGCCGGGCUGUGGUUCACGGCGGCGGCUGCAGGGGCAGCGUCAUGGGGGCUCCGGCUCUGCCCCCGACCUGGCAGCUGUAUCUCAUGAACCACCGCAUGUCCACCUUCAAGAACUGGCCGUUCCUGGAGGGCUGCUCCUGCACCCCGGAGCGGAUGGCGGAAGCUGGCUUCAUUCACUGCCCUACCGACAAUGAGCCUGACUUGGCCCAAUGUUUUUUCUGCUUUAAGGAGUUGGAAGGCUGGGAACCAGAUGACAACCCUCUAGAGGAGCAUAAAAAGCACUCGCCUGGGUGUGCCUUCCUGACUGUCAAGAAGCAGCUUGAAGAACUAACCCUCAGUGAAUUCUUGAAACUGGAGAAAGAAAGAGCCAAGAACAAAAUUGCAAAGGAGACCAACAGCAAGCAGAAAGAAUUUGAAGAAACUGCAAAGACCAUCCGCCAUUCCAUUGAGCAACUGGCUGCUUUGCAGUGAGCCUUUCCUGGGGAGACCUGGGCCCGAGUGACAUGCCACAUUGGAGCCACGUGUCCCAGCUGUCCUAGCCCAGAUGGUAUUUUAAAACUGGAUGUCAAAUACUAGUUUUGUCUUCGCUUGGAAGUGGCUCAGCCUGUAUGCCUAUCUCUCUUGAUUUUUUGGCUUUGCUCUAUUGUCACCUGGACUGAAGCAGUAAGGAAAGGAGUGAGUGAGGGGCAGGCAGUGUCCAGUAGCAGGACCUAUGGGGUGGGAGGCGCCUAAGCAAGGCAUUUCUGGUCUUGGCAUCUCCAUACUGGUAGCUAGCACGUCUGUGUGGUGAUGUGUUGUG